UCCUGGGAGUCGUAACCCAUGGCUCCUCUAGAACAAUAUAAGGGGAGCUUUCUGUUCAUUUGGGACACAAAGAAGUCUCAUAGUGGACUACCCCACUGUGUAAAUAUCUCACUUAGGACUGUGUUGCAAACCUCCCACUCAUGGUCUGGCAAGAAACUUCUGCUUCAUUUAUCAGCAAGAGGGUUGUGAACACUGGGAAGGUUAUACAACCAAGUGAGGGAAGAAACAAUUCUGACUCAUGCAAUGUGGCAGUAAGAAGGAACUGGAGAGGUGUUGACCAUCACUGCCUCUUAUAUCCUCAGUUGAGAGCACAAGGAGAGCUACUGUAUGUGUAUGGGCCAGCAGACACUGCUUUGAAGAAUUUCCAGACUUGGGUGCAUGAUGCUUGUGUGUUCCCCACCUGUGGAAUAAACAUAAGGACCAGCACUCGAAGAAGAAAUCUUUCCCAACCACUCUCUUCUGGUCUUCAAGCUCAUUCCCCCCCUCCCCACUCACCAAGCUCAUCAUCAGAAACAAGCUCCCCACAUACCAGGACACACAAACUCAAAGCAGCACAAGGCCCUGCCAGAACAACAGAUGCAAAACGUGCAGACAUAUCUAUACCACUACAAUUAUCAAUACUCCCCACAACACACCUUUCAAGAUCCUUGGGUCCUACCCAGGCCUAUCACAACAUGUGGUAUACCUCAUUCAGUGUAUCAAAUGCCCCAACAAUAACCAUGUGGAUGAAACUAGACUAUCGCUAUGUUCUCAAAAGAACUCACACAGAAAAAAUGAUAAAAGACAAAACCACCCUAUCACCCAUAGGCACUUUUCACAAAGUGAUCAUGGCAUAUCUGACCUCUCAGUCCUAGCCCUCAAAGGAAACAUUCACAACACCUUCUAAAGAUGAGCCUGGGAACUUAAAUUCAUAACUCUCCUAGAUCUUAAAAAUCAUGGUCUCAGCACGGUUUUAUGGUUCAUUACAACAAUCUGUAAGGCCCUGCCUGCUAAUCCUUAACUGCCCACUUAAUUUUAAGUGGUCUCCUACAGCAUGUGUGAAUCUGCUAUGCUUAACAGUGUCU